AAAAGUCCCUCUAAUCCUUUCAAUAAUUUUCUAUUCAUUGUCAAGAUUCAGUGAUCACUGCUUUCAAUUCCCAUUCAUAUGAAUAGAAAAUCUUUCUCUAAUCUCCCAUGGAAUGUCGAAAUAUGUCUUCCAUUUUCACGUUGUUGCUUAUUUCAUUCUCAAUCUGGCUAUCCCCACUCUCCAAUGCCCGCAUUUUCACUCUGGAAAUGCACCACCGCUUCUCUGAACCAGUCAAGAAAUGGUACCACCUGACUGGAAAUUAUUUUCCGACCCGAAAUUGGCCAGAAAAAGGUAGUGUCGAGUACUACGCGGAGUUGGCGCACCAUGAUGGAGUCCUGCGUGGCCGUAGGUUGUCGGAUUCUAAUGGGUCUCUAACUUUCUCCGACGGGAAUUCAACUUUCCGUAUCAGCUCUUUAGGAUUUUUGCAUUACACGACAGUGACUUUGGGAACGCCGGAGAUGAAAUUUCUGGUGGCUCUUGAUACUGGGAGUGAUCUGUUUUGGGUGCCCUGUGCUUGUGGGAAAUGUGCAUCUGGAGAUGAUUUACCUUAUGAUUCUGAUUUCGAGCUUACCAUAUAUGAUCCAAACGGGUCAUCAACAAGCAAAAAUGUCACUUGUAACAAUGACCUAUGUCCUCACUACUAUGGCUGCACUGGUGAAUCUAGCCAGUGCCCUUAUUCUGUCUCCUAUGUCUCUUCCGAAACUUCAACUUCUGGAAUUUUGGUGGAGGAUGUUCUGCACUUAAGAACUGAAGACGGUGAUAUGGAAUAUAUUAAGCCAUACAUCACAUUUGGCUGUGGACGGGUCCAAACUGGCUCAUUCUUAGAUAUUGCAGCUCCAAAUGGUUUAUUUGGCCUUGGUUUCGAGAAAAUAUCGGUUCCUAGUAUCUUGUCCAGGGAAGGUUAUAUUGCGAAUUCUUUCUCCAUGUGUUUUGGGCAUGAUGGAACCGGGAGGAUUAGCUUUGGAGAUAAGGGUAGCCCUGACCAGGAAGAGACUCCAUUCAAUAUGAAUCUGUACCAUCCAAUCUACAAUAUAACUGUCACUCAAAUUCGUGUUGGAACUACUCUCCAUGUUUCAGAGCUUACAGCACUUGUCGAUUCUGGCACCUCCUUUACGUAUCUAGUCGACCCUUUCUAUACAAGAAUUUCAGAAAGUUUCCAUUCACAUGUACGGGAUAAGAGACGCCCACCUGAUCCAAGAAUCCCUUUUAAGUACUGUUAUAUUAUGAGCCAGGACGCAAAUACCAGUUUGAUUCCUAGUAUGAGCCUAACGAUGAAGGGUGGAAGCCAAAUGGUUAUCUAUGAUCCAAUAAUUGUCAUCUCUACACUGCGUGAACUUGUAUAUUGCUUAGCUGUUAUCAAGAGUGAAGAACUGAAUAUAAUAGGACAAAAUUUUAUGACUGGCUACCGCAUUGUGUUUGAUCGAGAAAAACUUGUUCUUGGUUGGAAGAAGUAUGAUUGUAAUAGUAUGGACGGUUCAAAUGCUUUGCCAUCUAAACCGGUGAACUCUACGAAUGUGCCACCAGCCGUUGAUGUUGGCCAAGUUAGUCCGACUACUAGGAAGUCAGAAGCCUCAAACCAUAAUAUCGGUCGAAGUUUAGAUGCUACUUCAUUUUACUGCAUCAGUAGUUUUAAUCUGAUUCAUUCUUUCUUAUUAUCUUUUCUCUUAAUCUUUCUAUUACUAUAACCGUUCUUUGAUCCUUUUUUUCUCUUGGCUUUCCAGUUCUCACACAGAGCUGAUUAUACCUUAGUGUUUGGGAAAUUCUCUUUUUUGGAAAUGUAUGUUAGGUUCUGGCUGUACUUGUACAAUGUAUGGAUGUGUACAUAGGGUGCGAAGGUCAUAUUUCUCUCAUUCAUUAUGUGUUUACGAGCUUGCAGCAUGUUUGGUAAGCAAGAUUGAAUGAUUGGGCAAAUUAAGAAAUAAGGGUACGUGACAAAAUUUGUUGGUUGUCAUGUCGAAAUCUGGAAAUGAAUGAUGUAAAUACAUGAA